AUGGGGGAGACCGAGAUGCCCAAGGAUGCCCCCGAGACGUCCACGCAGAAUCCCGGCGAUUCCAAUGCCGCGCAGGCAGAGGACAUGCAAAGAUUUGCCAGCAAGGCAUCCAUCGCCAGUUCCGUGGGAUCUCUGAACUCCAUGGACGAGAGCGAAGCUGAGACGGAGAACGAGGAAGAUGUGAAAUGGAGAGAGCAGAUGAGGCAUGAGCAAAACUUUCAAUUUUCGCGCAUCGUCUCUGGCACGCGCAUGCACUUAAAGCCGGACCAGGCGGAAAUACCAGAAGCCACAGCUGAGCACUUGCGACGCUACGUGCAGCAGGCGCGAAAGCUUGGCGUGAUCACCGCCAUUGCUGUGAACAGCCAUGUCGAUAAGGUGAAGCAGAUCGCCGAAGAGGCUGAACCGGACCUGACGCUACAUGUUCUUCAUGUGCCGUGCUGGGGAGCGUUCGUCCCUGCUCUGAAUGCUCUCCUGAACUUCGCCCAGCGAAAGGGGGCCAAGUACAUCUUGUAUCAGUCGCUGGAGGUCUGUUGCACACGCGAUGUCCUCCAGAGGGUGCUGGAUCACCACGGCUCGGACUGCUUGGUGGUCGGGCCCGUCUUCGAGGGCCACAACUUCCGCCCAGGAGAGCAGAUCCUGGAUGGCCGCAGCUCCCCCUGGAACACCCUGGCGCUGUGGUCGGUCAGAAAGCUCGCACUGACGGGCUUCCUGUGCAUUGCAGACGGCCUGCCCGACGUUCCCCCCUCCAUGAACAGAGAGAUGGGACAGAACGUUCUUCAGACCAUGGACUUGGGCAGUCCGAUCAAUGGGCCCAUGGGCAGCGACAGCUGGUGGAGUGGCGACGACCCCAUCAACUUCGAGCGCCAGAUGACUCAGAAGAAUGCGGUUCCAGCCGGGGUCGAGGAGGUCACGGCCAUCGCGCUCCUACAGCACCUGCAUGGAUCAGAUCGCUCCCGCGCAGUGUUGCUCCAGUUGCCCCCGCAUCUCGAGGCGUGA